AUGUCUAAUUUGCAGGCAAACGCUAGACGUCAAAGUAAUUCAGAAAGAGGAGUUGGAGGUUCACAACUUUCUAGUAGAACUGGUUCACGAGGAGGUCGUAGAAGACAAUCCUUUGAAACAACUAUAAAAGACACCAUUGCUGGAUAUACAGAGUUCCAACGCCAAAGUUUGCAACAACUUCGUCAGGUGCUUUUGACCAAGAUGAUUACGAUGAAUGGAAAAAGGCAGAAACAUAUUCCUUGCUCUAAAGCUGGAAGUAUAGACGAGGAUAAGCUACAAAUGUUGGAAGCAAUGACUGGUGUUUCACGAAACAACCAAGAUGUGCCGAAACAAUUAGGCAAAUCCACUCGUAUGGGAGUCCACAUUCAGGAGGGAUAUCAUCUGGAAGUCCAUCUUUGUCGUAACAGUUUAGGAGGACAAAGUUCAGGAGGAUUAUGGGCUCCCAGUUUUCAACAAUGGGGCACACCACCAAAUGCUCAACAAUGGGGAUCACCCCAACCAGCUCCACAAUGGGGCACACCACCGAAUGCUCCACAAUGGGGCACACCACCAAAUGCUCCACAGUGGGGAACACCCCAAAUGCUCAACAGUGGGGUACACCACCAAACGCUCAACAAUGGGGGCUUCCUCCAAACUUUCAGCCAUCUGCUUCACCAUCAAACUUUCAUCAGCCUCCGACUCAAAAUUUUCAACAAGGCGAGUCAUCAGGACAACUCCAACAACUGUUCAAUAUGGAUUUUCACUUGGGGGUGA